GAUUCUUCAUGCUGCUACUGUCAUCAGUUAUUAAUGAUCUUCUAGGAGAGGAUUCACAACAUACUCCAAAUGUAGUUUUCAUCACUUGUGUAUUCUUUGCUCUCAACUUCUUAGCGGCUACUCAAGAUAUUGCUGUGGAUGGAUGGGCUCUUACUAUUCUCUCCAGAAAUAAUGUUGGGUGGGCAUCAACUUGCAACUCUGUUGGGCAGACUGCAGGCUACUUCAUGGGUUAUGUUGUAUUUCUGGCCCUAGAAUCCAAGGACUUUUGCAUAAACUACCUUGGUCAGAAAGACUCAUUAGUAACACUUCCAGGUUUUCUGUAUUUUUGGGGCAUUAUUUUCUGCAUAACAACAACAGCAGUAUGGCUUCUUAAACAUGAAAAAGAUAACUUAGAGGUUACAGUUGAUGAUCCCGACUUUGGAUUAGUUGGUACUUACCAAAUCCUUGGUCGUAUCUUGAAGCUCAGGCCAAUACAGGAUUUGAUUAUAGUAUUGUUGACGUGCAAGAUUGGGUUUGCUGCUGCAGACUCCUUAACAGGCCUGAAGCUGAUAGAAAGUGGUGUGCCUAAGGACCGUCUAGCACUGCUGUCCAUCCCCUUGACCCCUGUCCAAGUGCUUCUCCCGUUUUAUAUCUCCCGUUACACUGCUGGACCCAAACCUCUCAACCCAUUCAUGGUUGGCUAUCCAUUAAGACUGCUGUUUGGGUUUGUGUUUGCUGGAAUAGUGUGGAUAACACCUGUGUUCAAGCAAGAUGAUGGCUCUUAUCCUUUCUACUACUAUUGCAUCAUUGUUUUUAUAUAUCUCAUACAUCAGGUAUUUGCAAACUGUAUGUUUGUGGGAGUGAUGGCAUUCUUUGCACGCAUUAGUGACUCUAGUGUUGGAGGAACUUACAUGACCCUCCUCAAUACGUUCACAAAUCUUGGAGGAAACUGGCCAGCAUGGAUUGCACUGCGCUAUGUCUCUGAACUGACUUGGAAGUCUUGCUCAGGAGUGGUGAACAUUCUCUCCUGUAAUAACAAACAUAACGAAGAGGCGUGCGAGAGUGAAGGUGGUGUUUGUAUAACAGACAUUGAUGGUUACUACGUUGAGAGUGUAAUACUUGUAAUAUUUGGAUUUCUCUGGAUGAAGUGGGGACUCAAGACUAUCAAAAGAAUACAGAACCUACCUACAUCAGCUUGGACAGUAUCCAAGAGAAAUGGUUGACUGCCUGAUUAGGAAUAGGAGAUUUCUAGAGUAAAAAAAAACAGUAUCACAAAUUUAGAGGGUGUAAAGAAUUGUUUUCUCAUGUUUAAAAGGUUGUGGCUUCUUAAAAGUUUCAUAUCUCAUGUAAAAUUCAUUAAACCAGUAGUUCUUAGAAGUCUUCAGUAUCUCAGGCAGUAUGAUGAUUUUGUAGAGCAUACACUUUACAGUGUUAUGGAAUACAGUUGGGCCCCAACAUGAAUUUUCUGGAACGAAUUAACAUUGUAAGUUGAUUGUUCAGUACUCAGAACCUAUUUCCCCCCAAAUCAGUGUAAAAUGAAUUAAUGUGUUCCCGAUCUGCAAUAUUCUGUAUCUAAUUUCUGGUAAUUUUUUUUUUCAAAUGAAUUUUCAUCCACUAUUUUACAUACAAUACUGUUCUUUUUCACUUAAAAAUAGAGUGUGAGAGAGUUAGAGUGAGUGGGUGGAUGUGAAGAUAAGUGGUGUGAAUGUGAAGAUGGGUGUGAGGGUGAUUGUGGGUGUCGGUGUGAAGGUACUGUGCAUGUGAUGAUGUGGGUGUGAGGGUGGUGUAGGUGAGUUGAUGAAUGAGUGGGCAAGUGGGUGUUAGUGGGAAGGAGAGUGUUGUUAUGUGGUAUUACAUCUUGGUCCAACUGUUUACUGAACACAUUCAUGACAGUUAGCAGUGCUGAUCAGGAAAAGGCCUCCAAUCUGGCUAACAUCCAACCUGUCUACCUCCCAACCUCAGCCAGUUCUCCCUUACCACCAACAUUUGACAUACUGACAACUUAAAUACUGAACAUUUAGUUCUUGACAAGCCUUUACCAAACAAAUCUGAGUUCUCUGUACUUGUAUAAAAUAAAGUUUGAAUGUAUUUGGUAAAAACUAAGAAAAAAUGUAUUACAGCCUCUCUUCACUUAACGACGGAGUUUUGGUCCUAAGAUCACGUUGGUAAAUGAAUUCGUCGCUAAGUGAGGAGCAUAUUACAGUGGUAGUGGGUUUGUGUCAACCAUCUUUAGUGUUAAUGUCACCUUUGCAUCAUUUAUAACAUUUCUGGUAUAUUUUUAUUUGUUUAUACCGUAGUGUACUGUCUAUUCCAAUAAACAGAAUAGAGGAAAUCAGCUCUAAUAUUCAUUAUUUAGGUUUGCAUACUGGUCAGAGAGCCCGUCGUAAGUCUGAGUUGUCAGUAAAUGAGUACGUUGCUAAGUGAGGAGAGGUUGUAUUUGUAGUUCAUCCUUAAAAAUAAACUGUUGUAUCUGAGCACCUCUGCAAAUACAGUGAUUGUGUGAGUGAUGGUGAAAGUGUUGAAUGAUGAAAGUUUUUUCUUUUUUGGGUUUCUUUCUUUUUGGGUCACUCUGCCUCGAUGGGAAACGGCCAGUGUGUAAAACUUAACAAUAAUUAACCCUUUGACUGUCGCGGCCGUAUAUAUACGUCUUACGAGGUACCGUGUUUGACGUAUAUAUACUCAAAAAUUCUAGCAGCUUCAAAUCAAGCAGGAGAUAGCUGGUAGGCCCACAUGUGAGAGAAUGGGUCUGUGUGGUCAGUGUGCACCAUAUAAAAAAAUCCUGGAGCAUGCAGUGCAUAAUAAUAAAAAAAAAACUCCGACCAUUUUUUUUAAUUAAAAUGCCGACUUUGUGGUCUAUUUUCUUAUAGUAUUUAUAGUUGUAUUCUCAUUUUCUUGGUCUCAUUUGAUAGAAUGGAAAACAUAUUAUAGAAGUAGAGGUGAUUUUGAUUGAUUUUACUAUAAAAAGAACUUGGAAAUGGAGCUCAAAGCAGGGGAAAUGUUUGAUUUUUGCCAAUGUUCAAAAGUAAACAAAUGAUGUCAUUGUCCAAUAAAUGUCCAACUAGCCAUUCUAAUAUGCAGUCAUGAAUGGGUUUAUGUUAUUUAUACAAUUAUUACAGUAUUGCAGUAGUCUGCAUAAUAGUAAGUCUUCUAUAUUUUGUUUGAAUAAAAAUUCAAAAUAGAAAGCAAGAGUAAUAUCAGAGGGGCCUGGAGACAUGACUGAUGAACAAAGAAAAUGUUAUUUUAGAGCCAGGAAUGUCUGCAUUGUUCAUUCUGGACCUUAUUUUGAAAUUGUCAUAUUUUUUAAUUUUCAUGAAAUUGGUCAAAUUGCAAAUUUCUGACCACAUUAUUGGGUAGUUGAAAUCGGUAAAUGGGCAGUUUCUUGUACUCAAUCGAUAGAAAAAAUGGAGUUCUAAAGAAAUAGUUAUGAGUUUGGUCGACUGGAACAAUGGAAUUAGCCGAAAAUAGGGCUCAAAGUGGGCGAAAUCGCCGAUUUGUAAAUAUCACCGAGGUCGCUAACUUCGCGAGAGCAUAAUUCCAUCAGCUUUCCAUCAAAUUUCGUUUUUUUUGGUGUCAUUACAAUCGGGAAAAGAUUCUCUAUCAUUUCAUAAGAAAAAAAAAUAAUUUUUUUUUUUUAAAUUUUGCGACACCAGGAGACACCUCAGGAUUGGGGGUUGCGACAGUCAAAGGGUUAAUAUAGUGGUCCCAAAUUCAAAAGAGCAAUUUGUUCCAAAAUGCCACUGUUGUAAGUGCAAAACCUCCUAACUCAGAACCUCUUAAGUUGGGGCCCUACUGUAUUUCAGCUUCUAUUAUAGUUUAAAUUGUUAUUGAUGGAAGAAUUUAAUUUUGUAAAAUUAUUUAUAUACUUGUAAUAAAAGAUUUUAUAGUUUUGCUUAGGAUAAUUUUGUUGCAAACUGGAAGCAUAACUCUGACAAGUGGUGAUAAAGACAAUAAUUGCAGUGGAGUCCUUCAUUGGUGCAAUGUUGCACCCAUGGGUAGACAUUUUCAGGUUCAUAAGAUAUGAAAUACAAACAGCUUCAAUAGUGCAGUGGUUGGGUGCAAGAGGUUGGUGCAUUAAGGUCUAAGUUUAGGCGAGGUACUGCAGGUGGCCUACCAGUCAACAUUAGAUUUCUUUUGUUCUAAAACUGCACACUAUAGGGGUUGCUAAAGUGUAUAUCACACUGUUUUAGUAUGACUUAUGAAAUUGUAAUAAUACAAUUGCAAACAAAUCACAGAACAGGUCACACUUGAUCCCAUGGCAGGUAAGUCCCAAAACACUCAGGCCAGUGUCAUGACUACUGGACCACACUGGUCUACUAAGAUUCAUCCAAUUAGGUAUGUAUAUUUCUAAUCACCAUAAGAAGGUUAGCAUGGGCUCCACUGUUAAUAUUAUGAUUUUUUUUUUUUUCUUUUGCAUGUAGAAUGUUCCAUUGAAAUGCUUGGUUAAGAUUUUUUGUUUUUAAUUGCCUUCAGGGUUUAAACUAUAAACCCAUUAGCUCUUCAGUCAUCUUCAUCUAAAUUUGUCAAAUCAAAAAUUGAACAAUUGUGCCUGACACCUGCAUAAGGGUAUUAAAUAUGUUCUUCAAUUAAAAUCACAAAACAUUAACUUAUUUUGUGUAUUGCAGUGUAUUAUCAGUAAGAUGAAAGUCUCUUUUGGUA